AUGUCAGUGGCAUGCACAAUUAUUUCUCCUCCCAAUCUUCUGUUGAACAAGACUCACAUUGCGGCAUCCGCACAAGCUCAUUGGGAUCGCAUUGAUAACAUUGUUCGUCAAUGGAUCUACGGAACCAUAUCCAGUGAUCUCUUGAAUACUAUAAUCAAUCCAGACGACACAGCUUUGGAUGCUUGGAAUCAAUUGGCAGAAUUAUUCCAAGAUAAUAAAACUUCUAGAGCCAUCCAUCUUGAAAUAGAAUUUGCCAAUACUAAUCUGCGUGAUUUUCCGGACGCAAAGGCGUAUACACGCCGUCUCAAAGUUUUAGCCGAUCAAUUGGCAAACGUUGGUGCCAAAGUCUCUAAUCAGCGUAUGGUAUUACGCCUCCUUACUGGACUCACGGAUGCGUAUGAGGGAUUUGUUACUGUAGUUCAGAACAAAUCUUCACUCCCUUCUUUUGAUCAAGUCAAAUCUAUGCUUCUUCUUGAAGAAACUACUAAGGCAGAGCGAGCUAAACUUGAUGCUUAUGCCUCCUCUGCCAUGGCGAGCUAA